UAAGGCUUUCAUUCCUGUUCGACGUCCACUUCGCAUGAACUGAGUCAAAGAACACGACCAAGAAUAAGGCCUUCAUUAUCCUUCAUUCUGCUUCUUUUUUCCCCUUCAUUUCUUGAUUUAGGUGGGCUUCAUGCAUAAGGUUCAUUCUAUGAGGAAACUGUGUCCGAAUCUGGACAAGGAAGAUGGGCUGGAGACGGUGUUGGAGGUGCCAAUACCGGAGGAGAUGUUCAACAAAAUGGGAAGCAACGCUGCCUUGCGGUGGAGGACUAUGCGAAAUCUGAUGAAAGCUCAACGCGCCAUUGACAUAUCCGGGCACCAUCCAGCAGCGACGUCGGGGAAUGAUCAAUUUUUGUUGUUGCUGAAACUUGUUGGAUCAGCUUUUAUACCUUAUCAGGUCCAAACAGACCAUGCUGUUACCUUGCCUGUAAAGGAUGGUUCUAUUGAAGCUUCGACGGCGAAAUACAUUGUGCAACAAUAUCUAGCAGCAACAGGGGGGCUACCUUUAAUCAAUGCUGUAAACAGCAUGUAUGCUGUGGGGCAAGUAAAGAUGGUUGUAGCAUCAGACGUGGACCAAAAUUCUCUUGAAAAUGUAAAACGAAGCUGCGAAAAUGUAAAACGAAGCUCCGAAGCUGGUGGCUUUGUACUAUGGCAGAAGAACCCUGAUCUGUGGUACUUAGAACUGGUUGUCUCUGGCUGCAAAAUAAGUGCCGGAAGUGAUGGAAAAAUAGGAUGGAGCCAAUCAUCCUCCAAUUCAAGUGCUUCCAAAGGGCCUCCAAGACCUCUCCGAAGGUUCUUCCAGGGUUUGGAUCCAAGAUCAACGGCCAACUUAUUCUUAAACGCAGUUUGCAUAGGAGAAAAAACCAUAAAGAAUGAAGAUUGUUUCAUACUGAAGCUUGAAACAAGUUCAGACAUUCUCAAAGCACAAAGCACAACCAACACCGAAAUAGUCCACCACACAAUGUGGGGAUACUUCAGCCAAAGAACAGGGCUCCUCGUACAAUUUGAGGACACAAAAUUGGUACGAAUGAAGGCAGCUAAGGACGGUGAAAGCGUGUUUUACGAGACAAGCAUGGAAUCCGUGCUCGACGAGUAUAGAUAUGUAGAAGGUAUCAACAUAGCACAUAGUGGAAAAUCAUCUGCUACAUUGUAUAGAUAUGGAAAGACAUUGAACAGAAAGUGGAAGUUGGAAGAAACAUGGAAAAUUGAAGAGGUUGAUUUUAACAUUUGUGGCUUGUCUGUGGAGUACUUUUUGCCUCCAGCUGAUGUCACGAAGGAACGAGAAAAUGAAGAACAAACAAUUUGAUAUGUAUUAGAGUUAAUUUAUGUUUUUUAAUCUCUUCGUUCAGAAAUUUUUGGUGAAUUUUGUUUGUAUAUAAAGGCGAACAGUAGAUUUUCUGCUUUGUUUGUUUAAUUUUUGAAGUUAUAUUUGCGUGCAAUAAUUGAAAUUUGGUU